UAGGCUGGGCUAGGGAUGCCUAGACUGGACUGACCUCCGGGGAUUGAGUUGUAACCGAAGGAUGGCGAAUGUGCAGGUGGCCGUGAGGGUCCGGCCCCUCAACAAGCGGGAGACCAAAGAAGGGGGAAGAAUCAUUGUGGAAAUUGAUGACAAAGUGGCAAAGAUCAGGAAUUUAAAGGUGGAUGAUCGACCAGAUAGCUUUGGAGACUCCCGGGAGAAGGUUGUAGCAUUCAGCUUUGAUUAUUGCUACUGGUCAGUUAACCCAGAAGACCCUCAGUAUGCAUCUCAGGAUGUGGUGUUUCAAGACUUGGGGACUGAAGUACUCUCUGGAGCUGCCAGAGGCUACAACAUAUGCCUUUUUGCCUAUGGGCAGACAGGCUCUGGGAAGACUUAUACCAUGCUGGGGACCCCAGCCUCUGUUGGGCUUACACCACGGAUAUGUGAGGGUCUCUUCAUCAAGGAAGAAGACUCUGCCUCAUUGCCUUCCUCCUGUAGGAUAAAAAUAAGUUUCCUGGAAAUCUAUAAUGAACGGGUACGGGAUCUAUUGAAGCAAUCUAAUCAAAAGAAGUCCUAUACCCUGCGGGUCAGGGAGCAUCCAGAGAUGGGCCCCUAUGUGGAAGGUCUGUCUCAACAUGUAGUUACCAACUAUAAGCAAGUAAUUCAACUCUUGGAGGAGGGAAUAGCAAACAGAAUCACAGCAGCCACCCAUGUUCACGAGGCCAGCAGCAGAUCCCAUGCCAUCUUCACUAUCCACUACACUCAGGCAAUCCUGGAAAACAAUCUCCCAUCUGAGAUUGCUAGCAAGAUCAACCUUGUGGACCUAGCAGGCAGUGAAAAAGCAGAUCCCAGUUAUUGUAAAGACCGGAUUACUGAAGGAGCCAAUAUCAACAAGUCGCUUGUGACUCUGGGAAUCGUCAUUUCCACCUUAGCCCAGAACUCGCAAGUGUUCAGCAGCUGCCAGAGCCUCAAGAGCACAGCCAACACUGGUGGUGACAGUGGGAUUCCUGUCUCUCCUGGAACCAGCAGUAGAGGGGGAUCCUCUCAGAGGCAGUCUUAUAUCCCCUACCGAGACUCUAUGUUGACCUGGCUGCUGAAGGACAGCCUUGGUGGCAACUCAAAAACUAUCAUGGUUGCUACUGUAUCUCCUGCACAUACUAGCUACAGUGAGACCAUGAGCACACUGAGGUAUGCAUCGAAUGCCAAAAACAUCAUCAAUAAGCCACGGGUAAAUGAGGAUGCAAAUGUGAAGCUCAUCAGAGAACUCAGGGAAGAGAUUGAGAGACUGAAAGCCAUGUUGCUGAGCUUUGAAUUGAGGAACUUCAGUUCAUUAAAUGAUGAAAAGGAUGAAAAUCUGAAGGAACUAAUUCUGAGAAAUGAAUUAAAGAUAGACAAGCUGACUAAAGAAUGGACCCAGAAGUGGAAUGACUGGCAGGCCCUCCUGGAACAUUACAGUGUGGACAUCAACAAGAGGAGGGCUGGGGUGGUCAUUGACUGCAGUUUGCCACACAUGAUGGCCUUGGAGGACGAUGUGCUUAGCACAGGUGUUGUGCUGUACUACCUCAAGGAGGGGAUAACAAAAAUUGGAAGGAUUGACUCGGACCAAGAACAGGACAUUGUCCUUCAGGGUCCGUUGAUUGAGAGAGACCACUGCACAAUCACCAACACCUGUGGGGCAGUCAUUCUCCGGCCUGCUCAGGGGGCACGCUGCACAGUCAAUGGCCGUGAGGUCACUGCCUCCUGCCGUCUGACCCAAGGAGCUCUUAUAACACUGGGGAAAGCACAAAAGUUUCGAUUCUACCACCCAGCAGAGGCUGCUAUCCUGCGGCAGCAAAGGCAGGUUGGAAAGACUUUUGGUGGUAGUGGCUCUUUGGAAUGGCUGCACUUGGACGGGGAUGUCACUGCCUCCCGGCUGAGUCUCUACCCUUUACUUUGGAAGGAAAGGAGAGUACUGGAAGGGCAGUAUGAUGAGGAUCACCAGCCACUGAGGGAUGGAGAGAGAUCCCACAGAGCCCAGAUUCAGCAACAGCAGUGCUGUGUGGAGGCUUUGAGGCAACGAAUCCUAGCAGGACGGAUUACAGCUGAAAGGGAACUAGCAUUGAACCAGGCAUACAUCAGCCAGGAAACUAAAGACAACCAGCAGUGGCUGCUCAGAGAAGAAUCCUGGCUGUACAGCUUACAGGAACAGCAGCAACAAGAAGACUGUGGCACAGGGAAAGCAUUUGAGGCCUCUUUGGCACCUAAUGCUUGGCUUCAGACACAUCCUGAUACUCCACCAUCCCCACUGGUCCCCAAACAGAAGAGACUGGUGCAGCUGCAGCUCCUGCGGAGACACGCUCUUCGGGCAGCAGAAGGGAACAUCUGGCGUAAAAAGGUCUUAUUCCAGCUAGACAGAAGCAUCAGGAAGCAGAGGCUGCUGGAGUCCCAGAAGAGACUGGAGCAGUUCAGGGCAUUGUGCUGGUUCCAGGAUGACAGCAGACACAAGUCCCCAUGCUUGGCCCCCAACUCUAAUGCCACUGUCCCAGGGCCUCAACAUAGAAGCAAAUGGACAAGUUGCAGUUCUUUGAGCCUCCAAAGGCUCUACAGCCAGCACUUGCCCCACCUGCACAGGGUUUUUCUGAAUUGGGACCUCUCUACUAUGUUACCACCUAUGCCUGACCCAACUCAUCACAUAUCAGAGAAAAAUCCAUCAGAAUAUCAUUUUCCCCAGACCGCUGCUUACCCUCCAAAUACAAGGUGUCUCUGCAAAAAUGGCCUCCAUUCCCCAGGCCAGGCACAGCUGUAUACAGCUAGAGGAGCCUUGACCAGGAAGGGAGCCUCAACACCACACACCUGCCUCACUGUGAGCAGUGAGUCUGUUGAUAUUCAGGAAACGAAGAGAGUGGGUAAAUGGCCCUAUUGGAUGGUAUCUCGGGGCUUAACAAGUCUGUGCCAGUCAACCAACAAGCUAAAGCCAAGGGAAGGACCAAAGAUCCUCACCGCUACCUCCCAAACCAGAAAGGCUAAGGGACUAGUGGACUCUAGCAGCAGUACACAAGCUGGGUGGCAAAAAGAAGAGAACCUUGGGAUCCAUGAGGCUGCUAAGGGAACCAGUUGCAGUUUCUCCUAUCCCCAUGGACUCAGGGAGGCAGCUAGGCUUGGAAAAAUAGCCAAGACUUUUCAGGCAGAAUCCAAACCACCUCCAAACAGGGCAUUACAACAACAUCAGAGAGUGCCAGCAGCUAGGAUCAGAGACAUUGCCAAAAAGUCUUCUCAUUUGUCUAAUAGCAGUUCUUUAAAGAAACAAUGCAGUGUAGACGAUCCAGGCAACAUGACUUCACUUACAGAUUCCAGCCCAAUAGUAGAUUGUGCCAGAGAAAAAGAAAAUGAUUUAUCUGACACAGAUAGCAAUUACUCAGUAGAUUCUCUCUCCUUUGUCUAUGCCAAAUCUUCAUUGUUGAAGCUACUGAAACCAGAGGACCCUCGAGGAAAAUGGGAUCACCCAGAGCCAGAGAACUCCGAAAGUGACAACAGCCAAAUAUCUGAGGACUCAUUGACUGAGAAAGGGUACCAAAGCCCCAAAGAAAGUCCCCAGUCUAGUCUUCCCACCAACAACCAUGUCCACCCAAGGAACAGAGCUGGAUCCUCCGUACAGGACUUCACCACAUCCUCAGACUGUGGUCUACUUGCUCAUAGGAGCUUUUCCUUGGAUAGUCUGAUUAAUGCUGAGAAAGAACUGGGGGAAGGUCAACAAGGAGUAACUUUUCUUGAUUCAUCUGAUGAGAUGCCCACAGAGACGUUCUGGCACCUGCAGAAUCCCAUUCUGCCUAUAGUAGACCAAGAGGUAACAUGCAGACAUGGGUCCACCUACCACAGAACAGGAGCUAUGCUGAAUGCCAUCCUGCCAAUGAACAGUUCAUUUUACCUCAAUCCUGAGCUCCAGCUCCAUUGCAAGCAGCCUGAGUCACAUGUGGAGGUAAGCUACUCUGAACCAACUGACUCUCUCCAAGGCAUACAGGUGUCAAGAGGGAGCCCUCUGGUGUCCAUGGAUUCCUGGUUUUCCUGUGACUCUAAAAUCAAUCCCAGUUCUUUAUGUCCAAGUCCUGAUGUCCAGGAAGUUCAGCCCUGUGGUGAGGAAAGGCCUGGAUACUGGCUGAAUAUUGGAAAACUAAAGCCAUUAGGUACAGAAACAGUCCUCCAAUGUAGCUCAAAAUUUCCCCAAGGCAGUACUGAGCUGCCUUGCAAUGCAAGAGUUGUGUACCCAACCUCUACUUCUGAUACAUCCAAGUUGUCACUUUGGGAAGCUCAAAGUUUUCUCCAGCCAGCAGCUGAUGGCAGCUUUCAGGGCAUAAGUAUUACUGAUACAACGCAACAUGGCAGCUCUGAAGUUUCCCAUGAUUCUAGUGUGCCAACUGUGCUGGCUCCCUCUGCCGCCUCGUUCAUUUAUGUAGGCAGUACCCAUGAAGGGGACUGGGCUGCACUUCAGCAGAAGUACCUUCUUGAACUCUCUCAUCCUGUUUUGGAGGCUGUAGGAAAGCCCAGGCUAGCUUUCCCCUGCCCUGAGGAAGACUCUAGUUCCCUGGCUGAAGCUUCUGGAAAAGGAAAAGAUACUCGAUUGUCAGUUGGUUCUGGGUUAUCCACCAGUUCAGAUUUCAACAACUUUCCAAUCCAUCUAUCCAAAAUCAAGCAUUUGAGAGCAGAAAAAAACCAGGACAGUUUGAGAGCCAAAUUAGAAAUUGCUUCAGAUUUCCUUAGCACUAGUGAGAAAGAAGUGAGUUGUAAUGGAGCUUAUUCAGCAGACUUAGAAUCAUUGGCUUCCGGAUCAGAGAAAAAGAUACAAAAUUCUAUGAAAAAAACAUGUGAAAUUAAACAGAAUAACUUGAAAGAGAGCUUUAACAGUAGAAAACCUGGACUGAUAACUUCCUCUGAAGAGUAUUUCCUCCAGAAUAAUGCUUAUCACAAUAACAUCACUGUAUCCACCAAAACAGACCAUUGGCCCCAAGGCCAGGCUCCUCUCAGAAACAAUAGUACAGUUCAUCCAGAGCAAUUAAGUCAAAACAGCCACCACCACCUACAGAAAGAGAAAGUAGAUUGCCAAAAGAGCUCUAAGGAAGUAGUUGAAAGAUAUACAAAUGUUUCCUUUGCCUUUCCAUCAGGUCCAGAGCUGUACCUCCACUCAGCUCCCUGGAAUCCUUUCCCAUCUUCCCUGCAGCCACCUCCCUUGGAAACAUUCUACAUAACCAAAAGCAGGGAUGCCCUGACAGAAACUGCCUUAGAGAUUCCAGCUUACAGAGAAGUACACGUGCCUUCGCCACCCCCCAGGGAAGCCUGGGGCUUUGGUUACAACCACCAAGACCUUCAGGAAGCUUGUUUGAAGAAUGAUUUACCAGUGAUAUUUCAAAAUUCCAAGGUCGCCGCAUCUCAGCAGGUCACAGCAGAGAUGCCAGUUGAUCUGAAAACUAGGGAAGCUAUUGGAGAGUUAGGGAAAUGUGCUGGAAAUAUUAAAGAAGAAAGUCAUAAUUCAGUUUAUGUUUUUGUUACUCAGAACAGACAUUUUCUCCCUUCUACCAGCACAAAAGUAUAUGAAUCUAAAAAUCAAAUUGGAAUUUUAAGUAAAAAGCACAAUCUUCCAGCUCUGAAGGAGGGAAAAAAGGCCACUGUGCAGUCUCAUUGCAGUGUUUCUUCAGGUAGUUCUGUGUCUGGAAAACCUUUCUUUUUUGUUGGUGGAUCUGAAACAGGUGGGGAAGACGAGCAGAAUCAGAAUGCAGUCCUGCAGCAGAUUCAGGUCUACCUUGAAAAGGAUGUGGUAGGGGAAACUACUGUUUCUUCAAAGUUCAGAUCAGUGCAUCAUAGAGUAAGCAGCCAUAUCCUCAUGGCCCAGGAUGAGAGCCUAACCCAUAAGUGGGAAGGGAGGAAUGAAAUUGGGCUUCUUGGAAAAGCUUUUCACCCCAAAAACAUCCCAGAAGAGUUUAAGCUUCCAGGGAUAGAGUCUACCUAUGAAAGAUUUCAAUCAGUUACAUAUGCUCAAGAAAGAAAGCCCAGUGAAUGCAAGGGCCCAGGAGAGUCACAAGAAAUAUCAAACUACAAAGAAGAACCUUUGGGAAAGAAAAAAAAUGAAAGAAUUAGUAAUGCUGAUGAAAUGGCUAGGCUAAUUAGAAGUGUGAUGCAGCUAGAAAAUGACAUCUUAGAAAUUGAAUCCAAGCAGCUUCAUGCUUCCUCCACACCAGGUAUCAGUAAGGAGUUUGUGUUCCAGGACCAAAGAGACCAGGAGAGUGAUGACCAUGUUCUGAGGCCAGGCAGCUCUGGAAACAAUUUGUCCUUCAAAGAUCAGCCAUCUUCUCCAAGACAGGCAGAUGGAAUUAUUUUUAAUGAUAGUGAAACUAGGGAAAUGGAGGUAAAUAGUCCUACUGUGGAUGAUCCUCAGGCACAGAGAAUCACCCUGAGUCCCUUGAGUUCAAGGGAAUGUGUAAAAGAGAGUCAGUCUGUAAGAGAGCACACCUACCUAGCUGGAUUAGACAGACCUGCUAGGAAUACAUGUGAUUCUUUAGGAAAAGACUCAACUCACAGAGAGUCUACCAAUACUUCUCUUCACCCAAGGAGAAUGAAAACAUUGACUAGAGUGCUGUCCUUGCAGCCCAGGCCAGAAAGGUUUGAAAAGGGUGAUGAGCUGGUAGAUGCAUCAGCAAACCCCAAAGAGCAACCUUGGAACUUAGGAAAUCUUGAAGAACUGGAGACUAUGAAAGGGUUUUUGGAAAGCCAAAUUGCCAGACACCAAAGUAGUUCCAAGCCAGACAGACCAAAAGCUCAAGGUAAAAUUGAAGAAAUGGCCAUGCAAAAGGAAGGGAGCCUACAAGAUGAAAAUAAUAUGGUGUUAUCAACUCAGAAACAUCCUAGUUCAAGCCAGCACCCUAUGGGCACAUUUUUCAACCAGGAGACUAUCUUCCCAUUACUGAGCCAAACAGAUUUCUCUACAGCUCCUUCUCACCAAGAUCUGAGCAAUACCUUGCCCUUGCAUUCUCCAAGACUGCCAAGAAGUUAUAUUCAUUCCUUUGUUACUGAAGAAGGCAUCUCUUCAUUUGAGUAUGUGCUGAAUCCUACAGUAUUGAAAAUUCAUAACAGUCCCUUAAUAACUGAAAUUGAUUAUCAGAACCAGAGUGGAGAGACCAGAAGCCACAGCCCUCAGGGAAAUGAUAGAGGGGGCUCUGCCAUGGAACACUCUGCUUGGUGUGGAUCUGUGAUACAUAGAGCCAUGGGAUCUCAUGGUCAGUCUAGUGCACCAGAGAACACUCCCCCAGGGACAGAGGACAGAAUAACAGCAAGCACCAGCCCCCAACACCAACAAGGGGAACUCAGAAUCACUUUGAUGGGAUUGAGUACUCAGGAAGGUUUUGGUUCUGAAGUUGAGGCAGCUAUCCAAAAAGAAAUACGAGCCAGUUCCUUGAACAGUAUCUCUAGGCAGUUUGAAAAGAGGGUCAGCUUCUCCUUAGAAGAGAACAGUGACCAAGGCAAAGGGGCAAGGCAAAAGGCAGAGAAGGAGUCUGAGGACCCAGGCUUCCCUACUAGUGGGGCUUGUUUAGCACCUGUUUCCCUGCCUAGGGUGGCUGAUCCAGAGCCCAGGCAGUCAGAGCAUUCUGUCCCUAUAUCCAUGUGCCUGGCUAUCUUGGAGGAGGUCAGGCAGGCAAAGGCCCAGAGAAAGCAACUUAAUGACUUUGUGGCUGGGGGGACAGUCCUUCCUUGCUAUGAAACUUCACUAGAACCUGAAUGUUCUUCAGGGGCCACUGGCAGGCAGUGUAAGCAAAUGGACCAGUUAGUGUCGGAUGGGAUCAGGAAUGAGGGUGAAGCACAGGCAUUGCAUGUAGCAUCUCUGUCUGCUACACCAAGACAUCUGUUGACUGAUGAAGGGAAAUCCCAAGCCAUACCCCUCUGUGAAAACAGCUUUCCAUCUCUGCCCAACACUGAAACUAACAGAGGGCCACAGCAUCCUUCACAGGCUUCCUCUCAUGUUGCCCCUGCUUUGGACAAAGGGCAUUGUACUAGAGAACUGAGACAUGUCCUUGGAGCAAGUGAACAGUUUAUAUGUCACCCUGGUUCUCCUGAAAUCACAGAGAAAAAGAAAGAAGCAUCCAGAACACCUUCCUAUGCUGAUCCUUUGGCCUGCAGUGGGCUUUUUUCACCAGCUGUAGAGAGAGACAGAAGAGUGGGAUCAGAAAAAGCAGUGUCUGUCUUUUCUUCUCAGGCCCCUUGUGAUGAUCCUGGGUUGAUUCUGCAUGAACAAAGUCAGUCAGCUGCAGGGGAGACUGCAGAGGACUUGUCUUCUGGCAUUCAGGACAGCAGCCCAGAGCAGGAACUUAAAACUCAAGGCACCACAUAUGAAGGAGGCUUGGAUAACUUCUCUGUGAGUGCACAGGGAAAAAAAGCAGCUCAUUUUGAAAGUCAGUCUGUGAUCUGUAAUGUUCAGAAUUCUUUAAGCUGCUUAGGGCCUAAGCAAGACUAUGUCCAAUGCCCCGAGGUUUCCAAUGGCUCAGAAGAAGGGAAAGCAAGUCCAAAACUACAUGCUGUUCUGCCUGGAGGCCUGAGAAGCAUUGAACUGGAAGCUCCCACACAGCAGCCUGAGAAGUGGAAGGGGAAUGUUGGGUCUGGGCUGGCCGAAACCUGUAGGUUUGGCAGCAUAAAUCCCAGGUCAACCCCAUUGCAAGAUCAAAGACCUUGCAGAUGCCCAGAGGAAACCAGAGAUCCCCUUGUCUUCUCAGGGAACACUGAAAACAGCAGGACUCUCAGUUCAUCUAGAGAAGAAGAAGAGAGCAGAACUGUUCCUUGCCAACAACUCUGCAAUUCGCAACCCAUUGCUACUCAUGCCUCUCCCUCCCAUUGUUCCAUUUCAUUGGUUUAUAGAGAUGGUGACCUGGAGAAAGGAAUUCCCAAGGCUGCCCUACAUCCUAUCCACCCACCCUUCAUAGUAGCUUCUAGGGUCUGUGAAAUGCAUCAGAUAGGAGAGAGUUCUUCUAAAGAAUCCCAUGUGCUCUUGGCACAUGGCCUUGAGCCCAAAGGCUUUCAUAUGGAACUUGGGCCAAUAGACAGCCCCAGUUUUGAGCCCUCUACUAGAACAUCUGUUCUAUCUUUAGCUCAAAGUUCCAGCUCCCUUUCUACCCCUGAUAUAAGGACAAGUUCCCUCAUCCACUCAGCUGCUGAAGGAAGUUCAAGGUCCAUAGGGAAUCAAGAAGAAAAGCUUGCUGAGAAAGCUAGCCCAGAAGUUGAGGUUGUCUCUUUCCCAGCAGCCAUGUACUCUGAGCCACUGAGGAAUCUGAAAGAUAGCUCUGUAUGUGGCCACAAUGUGCAGGCAUCUCAAAUGAAGCCAGAAACACUUGCAACAACUCACAGACCACACACCCUAAAUUUAAAUGAGAGCUCAGUUGAAAGUGAGCUGGUGGUUGUAGAGCCACAACUCAAAUGUUUAAGAAAAACCAUCAGAUGCCUUUCAGAAAAGCUACAGUCUUCCGCCGAGUCCAGGGAUCACAACUGCUCGAAUCCUCCUGCCAAACUUGUAACAAGGUUAAAACCUAUCUGCUAUCCUCAGAUUGACAGUCUUUGGGAGGAGGAAGAGCAGCAGAAAGAUCAGGCUUUAGGAGGUAGUGAAGACCCUAUCCAGGUCAGGAAUUCCCCACCCUCUAAUGAAGGUGAUUUGGACAGCUGUCACACUAGCAGUGCUAGAAGAGAGGAGAUGUCUGUCCCCAAGACUCCUGAAUCCCAGACUUCCUUAUCAGCCUUUGAAGACCUAGCUUUUGCUCCUCUGGAGCAAAGUAAAGUUCCACAGUCUGCUGCCCAGAGGCCUAGCCAGCACUGCUUUGAUAAGGAGCAACUAGCUCCCCACCGUAAGUGCUCACUUCCUGUAAUUGCAGUUUUCUCUGGCCCCAAACACUCCAAGUCCUAUCCCAGACCCCAGUUCUCUGUGGUCAGCUCAUCUCGAUCUCUUCAGGAGCUGAACUUGAGUGUGGAGCCUCCGUCCCCUAUAGAUGAAGACGCAUCAGGGCCUAAUAUAUUGUGGGACCCACAUCUCAAGACCUAUUCCUUGGAAAAUCAGGUGUCAAGAAUGUCUACAAAGGCUGAGGUUUGUAGUCAGAAAGUUUCAUCUAACUUGGACAAUGGCCAUGCUGAUCACAGACCCCCGAAACCUUCCACCCCUCCCUACCCAACGUCUUCCACACGCUCAUGCAUGCCAACCCCUGAUUUAAUGACCGGCUGGAUGUCUAGUUCUUUGGAACAGGCCCAACAAGGGAAGCCAGAGAAAUUGGGUAUCCAGAUUAGGCCAGAGAAUUGGUACUCUCAGAUGGACAAAGAAAUGUUGCACUUUGGUUCCAGUGAUAUCAAUCCCUGCCUUCUACCCUGGUGUCCAGAGGAACCUGUACACAUUGGUUGGAAACAAUAUGUCUUUGGUAGUGCAGUCGAUGUCUCCUGCACCCAGAAACCCCAUGGCCUGAUACCAUCAAAUGUGGCCAGGUGCUCCAGCAUGGACAGUGACUUAGAAGAACAGAGCUCCCCCUUCCACUCUCACCUCAGUACUUUUGCCAAAACCCAGGACUUGUCAAGCACACACAGCAGCACUGAUAAUAUCCAAGGUUCAAAUGAGGCCUGGGAAGUAUGCAGUUCCUUGUUUCCCUUGAGGGACUCCCACGUUCUUACAGGCCGUGAAGGACUAGCCCCCAUUUUGGGUUCUGACAAGAAAACCCAGUUCAAGGGCACCAUUGAUGAAGCAGGCUGUCUGAGGAGUGAGCACACCCUUCCUUCAGCUGAAGGAAGUUCUGCAGGUCUACUUGAUGAGAUUGUGUUGCUGUAUCCACCGGAGGCAGACUGUCCUGUGGGACUGACCAGAACGAAUACCUUUGAGCAAGGCACACAGACUCUGGGCUGCAGGCUCCCCUGGAGCUGUGCCAAUAUCUCCUCUGCUCAGCCUGAUGCCAGUACAGGGUCAGCCUCUGACCUGACCUCCUGGACCAGCAUGCACAACCUAUCUCUCCACCUCUCACAACUCCUGCACAAUACCUCAGAGCUACUUGGGAGUCUCUCUCAGCCAAGUGUGGGCAAAAAAGAACAGAGCACCAGAAGAAACACACCAGAUGAGGCCCCACAAGCCCUUAUGAUGGAUGGUACUACUCAGACCACUGUGGAUGAGGAAAUCCAGACUGACCUGGCCUUAUCCCCUCUGGACCUCCAAACCUCUGAAGCCAAAUCUCAGGAAGUCAGUGUGAUCCUUCAAGUUCUGGGCUCAGAUAUUUCAGCCAUGUCUCAACAGAAGGAAAAUAUCCCAGAGACACUUCAGAGUACAGAGGCAGAGGAAACAUCAUGGAAAAUGGCAGUACCCCCAGAUCUUCAUGAGGAAAGCACCCACCAUAGGCUGCAGAGCCCUCUAAUACCGUUAUCCCACAAAAGGGAGGUACUGUCCAACCUGCCUUCUAUAAGCCCACCAGCAUCUCCCAAUGCUUCCUUGCCUCCCAGUUCCCAGCCAGAGGAAUCUUCUUGCAUGGUUGUCAAUAGCCCCAACUGCAGCAUCUGUCUUACCCCUGGCCUCUUCCCCAGUACUUCAGGGGGGUCCAACCAGGAACCUGAGGUCCAGGAGAAGCUGAGCCCUGGGAGUGCCUUGAUGGUGGACAGGGCCUCUUCUCCAAUCCUCACAUUUAGUGCUAGCACACAAGAGUCAGGUCUGCUCUCAGGUGCUCUGAUUCUUUCUGCUCCCUCUGAUUAUGCUCUUGAAAGCCACCAGAAGCUGGACUCCAGCCCAGACCUUGUCUUUGGUGCUCCAAGACCUCCAAUGGAUAAUUAUUCUCAAACUGCUGAUAAGUUAGGUGGCUCCCAGAGAGUUGAGACUCUGGGUAGAGAAGGCACAAGUUCCUUAAGAAGGAGUAAUGAGAGCUUGUUCCUUGAGUCAAACUCUCCUUGCACCACACAGCAGAGUCCCAGACUCCAAGUUAGCCUCUUAGGGAAGCCCCCUCAGCAGCUGCAGCCCAGGGCCACCACUGAGGUCCAAAGUAGACUGCCACCUCUACCACCAUGGGACAAGAGCCAGAGGCUGGCCAAUAGCUUUGUGCCUGAAGAGGUGGCUUCCCCAGAGCAUAGCUUGCUGAGCACUAGGGGGCCAAGUCCGUGGCAGAGCAAUCCAGAAAAUGAAGGGGAGAAUUCAAUACUUCUGGUGGAGCCACAGCCUACUCUGAACCUCGCCUCUUCAAGGAGAAGCCUCCAGCACUUCAGCCCUCAUCCUGUCUCUGAGUUGACUGAUACUGCAAGCCUUCAAGGUUCUAAUGUGGACCAACCUCAGGCUUGCCAACCUGAGGGGAUGCCAUGCCCCAGUUCCCAGGCAUGCAUUGCCCCCCAGCGUUGCAGCCUGAGGGACCUCCUGGUACAUAACAAACUUAGUAACUGGGAUGGGGUUCAGAAUGACUCUUUUGGGGAAUUGAGUGUAAGCAAGGAACUGGGGGCCAUCACUGAUCUCAGCCCUGGGGAGCAGAUUCAGAAGCCCCCACAACCUCCUGAUGACCAGAGCCAGGAUCCUGAGUGGUCCCAGAGGGAGCAGAUUCCCCUACAAGUUGGAGCCCAGAAGCCGUCACUCAGCCUGGAACUCACAGAAGCAAAACUGCACCAUGGCUUUGGGGAGGCAGAUGCACUGCUUCAGGUGCUGCAGAGCGGAACAGGGGAGACACUUGUUCCUGAAGAACGUAUGAUGUCCACCUGGGAGGAGCUCUAUGCUAGGCAAAAAAAAGCCAUCGAGACCCUCAGGAGAGAGCGGACUGAGCGACUUCAGAACUUCCGCAGGACAAGAAGCCCCCCAAAACAACUGAGCCUCCUACCCAGCAGGGAUCUCCUGACCCACAACUUUGACUUGCCCAGCAGGCGCCGAGAAUACCUGCAACAACUGAGGAAGGAUGUUGUAGAGAUCACCAGGAGCCCUGAGUCAGCAUCAAGGUCUGCUCCCUCACCCUCUGACAUUGAUCUGAUGCUGCGCAACUAUCAGCGGGCCCGUGAGGAGGCCAAGUCGGAAAUUGCCAAGGCACGGGACAGAUUGAGGGAGCAAACUGAACAAGAGAAGUUGAGAAUCCGUGAGCAGAUCAUCUCCCAUCUGCUGAGGGAAGAAGAAAGACUACACACCUUGGCCAACUCCAGCUCUCUAUGCACCAGCUCCAAUGGAAGCCUCUCUUCUGUUGUCACUUCUGGUUACAAUAGCAGCCCGGCCCUGUCAGGCCAGCUCCGGUCCCCAGAGAGUGUGGGGGACUCAAACUUGCCUGAUUCCAGAGACACCUGGAUAGGGGAUGGGCAGGCCCAUUCUGCAGUGAGGAACCUGUAUUUGGCUGGAUCUGUCUGGAAGAAUUCAGCUUACCGCUAUAGAACCUCCUCGGGCAAUUGCCGCUGUUUUCCAUCCAGCCCAUCCAGCUUCUCCUCUUCUUACCAGGAUUUGGCCAAACACAUGGUAGAUACUUCCAUGGCUGAUGUAAUGGCUGCUUGUUCCAAUAAUCUACACAAUCUCUUCAGCCGCCAGGCAACAGCUGGCUGGAACUAUCAGGGUGAAGAGCAGGAGGUGCACCUUUACUAUAAGGAGUUUUCUUCUACUCGGCAUGGCUUCCUAGGUGCAGGUGUGGUGUCCCAGCCACUAUCUCAUGUAUGGGCAGCUGUGAGUGACCCUACCCUGUGGCCCCUGUAUCACAAGCCCAUUCAGACAGCAAGGCUACAUCAGCGGGUGAACAAGAGCAUCAGCCUAGUGUACUUGGUGUGCGAUACCACCGUGUGUGCACUGAAGCAACCACGGGAUUUCUGUUGUGUCUGCGUGGAAGCCAAAGAGGGGCACCUGUCUAUCAUGGCAGUUCAGUCUGUAUAUGACACGUCCAUGCCAAGACCCAACAGAAAAAUGGUCCGAGGGGAAAUACUGCCCAGUGCCUGGAUCCUGCAGCCUGUCACCAUGGAAGGGAAAGAAAUUACCAGAGUCAUUUACUUGGCACAGGUAGAACUGGGUGCACCAGGCUUCCCGCCUCAUCUCCUGAGCUCCUUCAUUAAGCAGCAACCACUGGUUGUGGCCAGGCUAGCUUCCUUCCUUGGUAGUUAGCACCACACCAGUGAGAUGGUGCUGCUGAGAUGCAGGCCCAGGAUGCUCCAGAAAUGCUAUGGCUGCUCCUCCUUAACUGUUAGCAACCUGAGAUGAGAAGAAACUGAGGCUACCUGUAGUGGCAGACUACACAGACAGCACUAGCCCAGGGUUGCCAGGAAAGCCCUGUCUCAGUACUCAAGUCACCUCUGCAGAACAAGAAGCCUGAGCUCCUGGCCCUUGCUGUCCAGAGAGAAUGAAGCUCAACUCACUUUUUGGAUUUCUCACCUUUAUUUCUCAUUUCUGGGACUAUGACACAGGCCUCUCAAGGACCAGAGUUGGGCAUAAUCAGCAGAGCUGGGGAACUGCAGGGCUUUGGCAAGAUGCCUUCUUAGUUCGGCCCAGCCCUCAGGUUGAUGGGAAGGCAAGCAGCCACUGGCCAAGACUCCACUCUGGAGCUGCCUCCAGUGUUCAGCUCCACCGUAUAGAAUAUCACAAAGGACCAGAACAGAAAAAAGGCUUAAAAAAUCAGCUGCACAAAUCACAACACAGACUCAGAAUCUUUUCUCCAAAUACUAUUCAUUUUUGCUUUUUCCCCCUUCCCUUUCCUAGGAGAGGAUAUUUGGGUCUUUGCAGCAGUCAGGAGUGUUAAGCACUGCUGCUUCAGAGCACUUCAGGGUUCAGGAAGAUGGGAGAGCAGCGUAGACACAGCCUGGACAGAUUUCAGGUUGGGAUGUGGGCCCUGGCCCUUUGAGGACUGGUGGUGGGUGGGGGUAGCCAGAUGAUUGCUACUGACAAGGCAAGAGGGAUUUCAAUGAGAUUAAAAAAUGACCUCUGAAGAAGGAAGAUAAAUGAACUGGAAGAGGAGGUAAGCAAUUUGUCAGGAGGAAACUUGAUUGCAGAGACCUUCCCUUCCCUUACCCAGAGGUGAGUCCCUUGAGCUACUGCUCUGGCCCUACCAAUUCUAGGAUGGAUGAAGGGUGGAUUCAGUUUUCUUGUAACUUAGCCUGGCUGAAUUUGAGCUCUGAAGAUUCUGUAUGUUUACCUAGAGGUGACAGGGACGGGAGAAAUUCCCAUUUAAUUUUCUUGCCCCAAAUCUUUGGUAAAAGAGGAUAAUUGUAUGGGGAUUGAGAUGUGGUUAAAAGGGUAAAUUUCUGUACAGUGCA